AGAUGUUUGAGCCACAAUCACCUGAGGAAACAUUUGUUGGUUCAGCUUCUUGAAUCAAGGCAAGAAAGAGAGAAAAAAGCAGGACACAAAGAAGAUCUAGAAGAUCUGGGACAGAACGAGGAACACAAAAAAAGGGAGAGAGUGUAAGACAGGAAUGAAGGUCUGAGUCAAGAAUAUUGAUUUGAUAAGAGGAGUAAUAUCAAAAAGAGUCUAAAAUGAGGGAUUGCAGGAUGAAGUUCAGAGAGAGGAGGAUGCCGCUGCUGUCUGUCAAAGAGAACAUAGAAAUGGAGCUGUUCUCCUCAGAGGAGCCUUGUGUGGUCAUGACAACCAUGGAGAAGGAAGACGACUGCAGCUUUAACCAGAGACACCUGGAACAUCCUCUGGUCCCUGACUCUGAGGAGGAAGAGGAGGAGGGGGAGGAACCAGAGCUGCUGUUUGAGACCCCUCCUAGGAAACAGCAGCCAAAGACCAGACCAGAGCCUCCUGCUAAGAACCUGACCAAACAUGUUUCACCAAUAUCGGGGUUUUUGGAGGAAACUACAAUUGAAAUGGAGGUGCUUCCUCCCCUCAGAGUUCCUGUCAGGGAGCUGGUGGAGUUAAAGCCCGUUGAUCACUCCAUGUUCACUCCGCAGCAAACUCCAAGCAAAGCAAAUCGCUUCAAAUGGAAGAGUCAGACGCCACAGAGGACCGGACUGAUGGUCAGAGAUGUCGUCUGUAUACCUAGAGGACUCUACCUGGAGCAACUGGAGAGACCUGUUGUUCCGAGAGGCAAAGAACGAGCAGCUCUGGUUGCCACGGGAAUGACCGCACGCAUCACUAUUGACAGCAGCUGGUCAGCCAAUCAGAUGAAGAGUCGGCUGUCGCUGCUUUUCUGGGGACGUUUUGUAAAACAGGAAGGACAAAAAUUCUCCUUCACAUAUUUACAGUGUGUGCCAGGCUCCAGGGUGUUAUUUAUCCCUGACGCCCCUGAAGAAGGCUGGACAGGAGAGCAGGUACUCAGGACCACUGGGCAUGGAGUUCUGUACAUCCUCAGCCACCAGGACUACCCACAGACUGACUCAAAGAGGCCAGAAACCAAGACACCCUACCACAAGAAGCAGGUUUGUCAGGAGGAGAGCGCAGAGAGGCUCACUGAUAAUGGGAAUCUAGAGGGCAUACAGACCCUGUCCCAUGUUUGCAGCCCUUCAGAGGAGAAGAUCAAACCUGACCUGGACACCAUUCUGGGGGUGUUACGACAGAAGCUCGGAGAUCAUAACGUAGAGACUCAAAUCCAGGUGAGGAGGGGAGACGUGCUCCACAGCGCUCUGAAGGUGGUGAGGAGGCCGGGUUUCAGCUUCAGGACUGCACCCAUCGUGUCCUUCAGUGGGGAGGAGACUGACUGUCAAGAGGAAGCCCUCAGGGAGUUCUUCAGAUUGACUUUGCUGGAGUUGCAGCAGACUUCUAUAUUCGAGGGUCUUCCAGGUCGUCUGUUCUUCACUUGUGACCUUUCAGCUCUCGAAAACAGGAAGUACUACGAAGCAGGUGUUCUGGUUGGCUGGUCUCUGGUUCAGGGCGGGCCUGGACCACGUUGUCUCCACCCUGUACUCUACCAGCUGAUGUGUGAUCAGAAUCCUUCUUUAGAAGACUUUAGCUGGAGGGACAUCGUUGAGGCUGAAGCACAGAUCAGACUACAACAGCUGCAGAGCUGUACAGAUGUGAAGCUUCUGCCUCCUAGUCAGUGUGACUGGUUGUCCAGCUGUGGAAUCCCUGAAAUCUCUUCAGCUCAUUCUGAUAAAAUACCAGACAUCUACUGCCGUGUAAUUAAACAUUUCACCUACCACAGGGUCUCCAGUAUGAUCUCCCAGUUCACAGAGGGGCUCAACAGCUGUGGUGGAUUGUGGGAUGUGAUACAGUCGCAGUGGGUGUUGUUUGCAUCAGAGAUGAUGGGGGCACAGCAGCAUCCUCUGAUUCUAGAAGAGUUCAAACAGCUUUUCACCGUCUGUUAUAGUCCUCCAGGCAGCCUGCAGAGGGCUGCUGAGGAGGCAGCAGCUGCACACUGGGAAACGGCCCUCAGCUUGAUCAGCAAUGGAAAGGCAGAUUUUACCUUUGAAGACCUCUUCUCCUUCAUCACUGGAGCUGAUCAUCCUCCUCCUCUCGGGUUCUCUAGAUUGAUCCCACUGCGUUUUCACUUCCAGGAUGGGAGCCUAUCAGACGCCUACCUACCCCGUGCCUCCAGCUCUGCUCCCGAGCUCUACCUGCCAACAGGAGUGACCAGGCCUGCAGAUGUGUUGAGGCUAUUGAGUAGAGCUGUGCAUGAAAAGACGCUGGACCUUGGAUGUGUCCAGAAAGAAGGGGACGAGGAGGACAGCUGUGUAGAUGUGAUAUAGUCUUUUUAUAGUUUCAUAAUGUAAUGAAAGUAGAUUCCAGCAUGCUGAGAUUAACUUUAUUUGAUCUGGAAAAAAAGGACCAUUUAUCAUUGUGCCUCUGCUGAUUUAAUGAUUUAAUAUUCAGAGAAAGUGUUUCACAAAGUUAUCAGAAAUAUUUCUGCAUUGUACUUUCCUGUUGUUAUCUUUCCAUAAUUUAUUAAAGGACAGUUCUGUUUGGUUUGAAAAAUAAAAUGUUG